AUGAUGCUGCUGCUGCAGCAGCACGCUUCUCCUCCCCCGCAUGCAAGCCGUUGCGCAGCAGCAGCCCUCUACUACCAGCAGCAACACCAACAGCAACAGCAGCAGCAGCAAAGACAGCAGCAGCAGCAGCAGCAACAGCAGCAGCAGCAGCAGCAGCAGCAGCAGAAGAGAGAACACUUGCUGCAUGCAGGCGAGCAGCAAACAAGCUGGAGAGAAGAAUGA